AUGCAAUCCCGUCUCCUUGUCUCUGGUCUUCCCAAGUAUCUACCUCCCCUCCCACCCUCGCCUGCCCCUCCCUGCCUUCCCUGUGUUGAGGGGCGGCAGCGCGCCGCUCCUCACUCCUCCUCGUUUCCCGCGACGUCUGCUCCCCUGCAGACUCUCCACAUGGACGUGUGGGGCCCAGCCCGCGUCCGUGGACAGGGCCGCGAGCGCUACUUUCUGCUGGUUGUUGACGACUACUCGCGUUACACCACGCUCCGCGAGCGGUUCCACGCGGACCUUCCAGUCCUGCGUCUGCACUCUGACAGAGGUGGUGAGUUUUCCUCCGACCUCUUGCGAGACUUUUGUCGUCGGGAGGGCAUUCUCCAGUCGUUCACGCUUCCGGCCUCUCCGCAGCAUAAUGGGGUUGCUGAGCGCCGCAUUCGCUUAGUCAUGGAGGUCGCUCGUACCUCCAUGAUCCAUGCGGCUGCCCCCCAUUUUCUGUGGCCGUUUGCGGUCCGAUACGCUACGCAUCAGCUCAACCUCUGGCCCCGUGUCUCCUUGCCGGAGACCUCGCCGACACUGCGUUGGACGGGAGAGGUUGGCGAUGCGUCGGUGUUCCGGGUUUGGGGAUCUCGUGCCUUUGUCCGCGAUACUUCCGCGGACAAGCUCACCUCCCGCACCAUUCCCUGUGUCUUCCUUGGAUUUCCCCCUGACGCGCCUGGCUGGCAGUUUUACCACCCCACCUCGCGCCGUGUCAUGCCCUCUCAGGACGUCACGUUUGACCAGUCGGUUCCCUUUUACCGUCUCUUCCCCUACCGCACUGCCCCUCUCCCCCCCCCUGCCGCUCUUCCUCGCACCAGGUCCUCCUUCGGUAGACCCACUCCCCCCUCAGGGUCCAGCUCCCUCAGGUGUGUCCCAGCCUGA